UCGAAAAAACUGAUGAAGAAAAGAAAAAAAAAGGGAAAAAAACGAAAAAGGGAAAAAAGGACGAAAAUUAUGAACCAAAUAAUGAGAUUCUCAGCACAUUAUUUUCUGGUGUAACAACAACUCAUAUAUAUUUAGACGUUGAUGGCGAUGAUGAAGAUAAUGCAGAACUUGUAACACCAGAAGAUUAUAAAGAAAAAAUUUCUGCGCUAACUUCUCCAUUUGCACCAAUGCCCGGUGAAGAGGAUAAAUAUAUUCUUACACAGAAAGUGAUUGAUAAAGUCAUUGAGAUUCCAGUGAUACACAUGAUAUCUGGACGAAUAAAUUUGACGGACCCAGAAUUAAUAGAAACAAAUUUUUUCUACUUUUUGAAAACAAGCGAUGGAAAAAUUCCUUACUUUGAUUCUCAGGAAACAUGCGAUAAUUGUAUAUUAAAUUAUAUAGCUGUUGGAUCAUUAAAUGGAAAUUUUUUAGAAUUUCUCAAUGAGAUGCUGACCAAUGUUUUUGAACCUCUGUUAGGAAACCAGUAUUAUACUGCAACUUCGGAACAAUUCAAAAAAACUCAAAAAAUUGAUAGCAUUAGUGACUGUACUGUCAAAACUCAGAUUAGUCAUACUAAUACAGAAUCUUCGGUGAAUAAGAAUGAAAAAAUUAAACGAUCUCUGAGUGUUCAAAAAUUGUCGAUAAAAAAUGAAAAAAUGAAAAAAUCUCAAAAAAAUUUUACAUUAGUAGAACACAAUCAUACGAAUACGGGAAUUUCACCUGAUUAUGUCAAAGAUUGUUCAGAAUUAUCCAAAAAUGCUAAUAAUUUAUGUCAAAAAUACGUCGUUCAAACUAAUAUUAAAGAACUGUUAAAAUAUCUUGAGGAACUGGUGUCAUGUGUGCAAUGGAAUUUGACGAAUUCUGAAGAUGAUUUACUGUUACCUUUACCGAAAUCAUUAGACUUAAUGAAUUUUAAAUUAAAUCCAUCCGAUAAAAAUAUGCUUGAACAGGCGGAGAAUAUUGUUAUCAAUUGGGGGAAACAUAUAAAUAAAGUAUUAGAUAUGUAUAAAUUUCCCCUCGACAAUGGCCCUACUGCCAUCUGUGAUCAUUGGCACAAAAGAUUGAUUAGUUUAUCAAUAUUAGUAGAGAAUUUGAAUUCACCAGCUGUGAAAAAAAUAAAAUCAAUUUUGAAUGAAGCUCGCUCAUCCAUACUAUCAGCAUUUCAUUGGUUUGAAAUUGAGCUCUGGAAAUCUUACACCGAAGCACGUGACAAUGAUAAGUUUAUAUUUACAGUAUCGCGGCACUUUAAGGGGAAAGUCAAAGAAUAA